GUAAGUGCAAAGUUGUGAUCGAAGAUUCCCGGCAACUUCUACUAAACAGAUAAAAUGACGCCGGAUAGUGAAGAAUAUGAAUUAUUACAUAAAGUUUUUCCAGUGCUUAUUGAUGAGGUUACAACAAGCCCGGUAGAAGAGGCGGAAUUGGAACGCUUGCAGCGCUUCUUUAAAGAAAAGCAAGCGGUUGCGACGAUCUACGAAUAUGUGUUUGAAAAAAUCGAGAAGACCCUUCACCACAUCACCGUACCAGAGUUUUGGUCACAAUUUCCAAGAAAACGACCUGAAAAUGAGGAAAUUGAUAUUGUCCAACAGUUACAGGAGUUUCAGCACGUUGUAAAGGAAUUGUAUGUUCGUUACGCUUACUACCACAAGCUGCUAGAAAGACUGCACAAAGUUUGUCCGUCAAAUGAAUUGCCGCCUGAAAUCAGGAAAAAAGCGAACGAAGCGACCGAAUUUUACAAACUGUUCCAUACCACCCUGAUAGGGCAGCUUCCUGAAGCUUUCGAAGAAGGUGUACGACACCUGUAUGCUAUAACGUUCCGUGUCUUCAUAUACACGCAUUCCGAGAGCGAAGAGUUAAUGGACGUGGCGGAAUCAGAUGUUUGCAUGGCGUGCACUCGGCAAACUGCAAACUGCCAGUGUCAGGCUAUUGCCAGUGCCUUCUCUACUACGAACAAAUACCUCUCGAUGAUGGGAAUUUUGGAACAAUGCGCAGGGUUGAUCCUCACCAAGCUCAUACAGGAGCGAAUCGACUGGAAGGUCAAUGAAACGAAGGAAAAUUAUGCCACUUCGCACGUCCAAAGCUUAGAACACUGGCUCAACACGGUUGUGCUACAAUGGUUGACGCGAAUUUUCAACAAUGGAUCGCUUCAGGUUAACCCAAGGAACAAAUUAGGAAAGGAAACCGUGGAUCGUCUUAUGUGCAGACUACAGUACUAUAUGUGCGAGAAGUACGCCCUUACCAUUAUUGAUCAGUUCUUUCAGAUCAUCAUAAACUUUCCCCUAUCGCAGCCGGCUGUGGAUGAUCUGAAGGUAUGCUUGAAAAGGAUCCAUCUCAAGUUCUCCUUGGUGGAAAAGCUCAGCGAAAUGCUAAAUUCUCGGUUGCUUCAUCCGGGCGUCGACACUCCCGAUAUUCUGACUGGCUACGUGUCGGCACUGAAAACACUUUCCCAUUUCGACCCGAGUGGAAUUUUGCUACAUACUAUCACAAAACCGAUCAAAGAGUAUCUUCGCGGGCGACCGGAAACGGUUCGUUGCAUCGUAACCAGCCUUACCGGCGAUGGUACAUCCGAUUUGGCCGAGGAGCUAGUUAAAAGUGAAGCGGUCAAACCGAAAGAGAGCACCAACGAGAAGUUGGAGGAAUCGGAUUGGGAAAGCUGGAAUCCGAACCCGAUUGAUGAGGCCCCGGCAGCACUACAAUCUGAUUGGACCGAUAAAACGGCCGAUAUUAUAACGAUGGUGGUCAACAUAUACGGAAGUAAAGAAAUAUUCGUCAAUGAGUACCGCAACCUGCUAGCGGAGCGGUUACUUUCGCACAAUGACUUCAAUGCCGAGCGGGAAAUUAAGAACCUAGAGCUACUGAAGGUGCGUUUCGGUGAAACCCUACUACACAGCUGUGACGUUAUGCUGAAAGACAUAACUGACUCGAAACGCAUCAAUACGCAUAUCUUAUCCCCGGAGUCCGGGCUCACGGAGCAACCACCGUUCCAGAUGUCUGCUCUCAUCGUUUCAUCCCAGUUUUGGCCAACAUUCAAGAAAGAAACCAUGGAACUGCCCUCGGCUAUCAAGGAUGUCUUCGACAGGUUUACUAAGACUUAUGAAUCGUACAAAGUUAACCGUACGCUGCAGUGGACUCCACUGAACGGAAAAGUGACGAUCGAAGUUGAGCACAACGGUAAGGUACAGGAGAUGCAGGUUACUCCGGCCCAAGCGACAAUUGUCAUCCAUUUUAGUGAGCAACCACAAUGGGACUUGGAUAGUUUGGGUCUGAAGAUGAACAUGCCGCCAAUUAUUUUGCGAAAGAGGCUGGUCUUCUGGCAGUCCCAGGGUAUGAUACGGGAAACGAAAGAGAACCUCUUCGAGCUGGUUGACAACAGUGCUGAUUCUGGCAAGCAAACGGAACAGGCACACACCCAAUCGAACGAUGUCUGCGAUGAAGAUGAAGCAGAAAGUGCGAUGGAAUCGGCUAGCGAUCAGCGGGAAGAAGAGCUGCAAGUGUUCUGGUCAUACAUCGAAGCGAUGCUCACAAACCUAGACUCUUUGCCACUGGACCGUAUACAUCAGAUGCUGAAACUGUUCGCGUCCCAGGUCGACUUUACACAGGACGAGCUGAAAAAUAUCCUCCAGCGCAAGGUUCGCGAACAUAAGCUUGUUUACGCCGGCGGUGUCUAUCAGUUGCCCAAAACGUAGAGCCUCGCUCGUUAAGGAGUGGUGUAUAGUUUAUUAUUAUAAAAAUUGAUCGAUAUAAUUCGGAUCCAAUCCUUCAAUAGUGAUUUUGUUCUUCACUGCCUCCAGGGGAACACCGAGAUGAAGCAUUUUAAAGUACAAAUCGUACUGUGGAUCUCGUUGCACGGUUUCAGUCGGUGGUGAGGGUGCUUCCAUUUGUGUUUCGCUAACAUCCGCAUCGUGGACACCUUCCCCAGUCUUUGGUACACUUUCGGUUUGCGAUUGAUCCGGUACGGCGGGAUUGCUUGGUGGUUUCUUUAGCACAUCGAUAGACGCUAGUUUUGCCUCUACUAUCAUCAACGAAGCUUCUAGGUUUUGCAUUUUAUGCUCGUACUCGACGAAUCUCGUUUCACAGUCCGACGCAAAUUUAUUCAAGAAAGUUACCGUGCUCACGAUGAAGUGAUUGAUGAACGCUAUCAUGCGUUUCUGAUUAGUUGGAGGUAGCUGAAAGGAAAUCAAUUGUGUUGCUCACUAAGCGGUACCUUGUUUUAGAUAGCAAACAAAUUUACUUCAUGUUUCUGUACCGCUAUCGAAUCCAUCUUUGAGUGUAAUUUUUCUCGACAAAACGUUCGCGAAUUACUCUACCCAAAACAAAUCAUUGUAAUUCCAGAUGUAAACAAACUGUGUAGAAUGAAAUGACAUUUGUAGUUGUA